AUGCCCUCCUCCGCUCGUUCGAAGAGGGGCGGCGCUCUGGCCAUGCUGUCAUGGACCCUCUCCCUGGUGCUGAGUCCGGUGCUGUCCGCGGCCAGUUCGGCUUCGGAUUACUAUGUGCACGACCUGCCUGGAGUUCCCGAUGGACCUCUCCUGAAGAUGCAUGCUGGACACAUUGAAGUCGACCCUGCGAGCAACGGCAACCUGUUCUUCUGGCAUUUCCAGAACCGGCAUAUCGCGAACCGUCAGAGAACCGUCAUCUGGUUGAAUGGUGGGCCUGGAUGCAGCUCCAUGGAUGGCGCGUUGAUGGAGGUUGGGCCCUAUCGACUCAAGGACGACCAUACAUUGGAAUACAACAAGGGUUCUUGGGAUGAAUUCGCCAAUUUGCUUUUCGUCGACCAGCCAGUGGGCACUGGUUUCAGUUAUGCCAACACCGACAGCUACCUGCACGAAUUGGAUGAGAUGUCGACCCACUUUAUGAUCUUCUUGGAGAAGUUCUUUGACAUGUUCCCUGAGUAUGAAAGAGAUGAUAUCUACAUUGCCGGUGAAUCCUACGCUGGUCAGCAUAUCCCCUAUAUCGCCAAGGCCAUCCAGGAGCGCAACAAGGCCGCUGUGCCAAACGGCAAGGCCAAGUGGCCACUCAAGGGCCUGUUGAUCGGUAAUGGCUGGAUUUCGCCCACCGAUCAAUAUCCGGCCAACUUCGAGUUCGCUGAGCGGGAGGGUCUGAUCAAAGAGGGAACCCAAAUCUACAGCAAUCUCGAGGCGUUGAACUCCGUGUGCCUGUCGAAGCUGGAAACAGCCGGCUCCAAAAACAAAAUUAAUGUCAGAGAAUGCGAGAACGUCUUCCAGCAAGCCCUGACUCUCACCACCGAAGACGGCAUGUGUUACAACAUGUAUGACGUUCGGCUGAAAGACACCAGCCCUUCGUGUGGCAUGAACUGGCCUCCGGACCUGGAGUACAUGAGGCCGUAUCUCCGCCGGGACGAUGUGGUCAAGGCUUUGAACAUUAACCCUGCAAAGAUGUCUGGCUGGGAGGAAUGUUCCGGUCUGGUGAGCGGCGCCUUCAGGGCACAAAAUUCCCGGCCGGCGGUCCAGCUACUUCCUGGCCUCCUCGAAUCCGGAAUCGAUGUACUCCUGUUCAGCGGUGCGAAGGACUGGAUCUGCAACCACAUUGGAACGGAGACUAUGAUCCACAACAUGAAGUGGAAGGGUGGAACUGGCUUCGAGACCUCUCCCGGUGUCUGGGCUCCUCGCCACGACUGGACCUUCGAGGGCGAGCCUGCCGGUAUCUACCAAUACGCCCGCAACUUGACCUACGUGCUUUUCUACAACUCCAGCCAUAUGGUCCCCUUCGAUCAACCCCGCCAGACUCGUGACAUGCUCGACCGCUUCAUGCGGGUGGACAUCGCCAGCAUCGGAGGUCGGCCCGCCGACUCCCGUAUCGACGGCGAGAAGCUGCCUCAGACCUCUGUCGGUGGCUACCCCAACAGCACCGCGGGAGAGCAGCAGCAAGAACAGAAGAUGAAGGAGACGGAGAUGCACGCUUACACCAAGUCAGGUGAGGCCAUCCUCGUCGUGGUCAUCAUCGGUGUCAUCGUCUGGGGCUUCUUCAUUUGGCGCAGUCGCCGCGCUCGCGCGGGAUACCGUGGGGUCCAUGGGGAUGGGAUGAAUGGCAUGAGUGGAUCUGUCUUGGACCGGUUCCACAAUAAGCGCUCGACUAACGACGUUGAAGCCGGUGACUUUGACGAGUCCGAGUUGGAUGACCUCCAUUCACCCGCCAUCGACCGGGAGCAUUAUGCGGUUGGGGAUGUCAGUGAUGAUGAAAGCGUUCAAGAGGGUUCUCGCCCCCUGAGUGAGGGCCAUCAAUCAUGA